GAGGGGAGGAGGGAAGGAGGAAGGGCAGUUGAGGUGGUGCGUUUGCAAGGAGAUUGAAACCGCAGUAGGAAACUACUACGGAGGCGACGAUUUGGGGCUACGUCUGCAGGAACAUGGCUGAAGAUGAAAAUGAAUACCAGUGGGAAUCUACCCCAGAUUCUUCAAGUCGGGUCAAUACAUUCAGAUUACUCGUUAUCCUCCUGAUUGCAUUGGUAUUGUGGCUAACCGUGGCCAAGCUGAAGGAUUCUUCCAUUGAUGCAGAGAAAGCCAUUGCCAUGGUAAUGGAGACUCUGAUGCCUUCCUGGAAGCCCCUGACUGAAUGGAAUCUCGAGAAGCAUCUCAUUCAGUUGGCCAAAGACCGUCCACUGCUUCAAGCAUGUUUUACCGUAGCCAUCAAUGGAUUUAGAAAGGAACCCGUGAUAGUGCAGCAAAAUGCCCGAUUACUAAUCCAAUGUGAGGGGCUAACCAUGGAAUUCCGCGCGGGCAAAGGCCAUUGCGAGAUUUCAGUGCUUGCCUUGAAUGAGAAAAUCCAAUAUAUUGUCAAGGAAAUGACUGCCGAAACUUAUCACGCCAGGAUGCUCGUCCGCGAAGAACCGUGGAGCACCAAUGAUCUGCUAAGAGUGAAGCGUACGUUGGAAACCUGGAGAAUCCUUUCGGAGACUUUCAGGAAAUGCUUGCAGUUGACCCUGGAAAUGUUCCCCAGGGAGCCGUGGUGCAUCCAGAACAACGCUUACGUGUUAGUGGACUGUGGUGGGCACAUGGUCAAGUUCGUGUCAGGCAACAAAGAGAACUAUGUCUAUGUUUACAGCGACACUGAAGGCGUCCACUACAAGGUCAUCCCUUAUGGUACAUGGAACCAAAUUGUAUGGUUCUUCCAUAGGGCACAAAACCCCUUGAGUGAGUAAUCACUUGCAAUUAGGGUCCAAUCAGUGCUUAGAAAGAGUGCCCACAGUCCUUGACUUAUGACCACAAUUGAACCCAGAAUUUCCAUCGCUAAGCAGGACAGUUGUUAAGUGAUUUUUGCUCCAUUUUAUGCCUUCCUUGCCACAAUUGUUACAUCAAUCAAUGCAGUUG